AGAUAUUUUGGAAAUUAGUUCACUGAAGUUACCCCAUCAAAAAGGUUCAUAACAAGAAAUCUGUUAGCUGUUGGUGAAAUCGAAGGUUUCUUUUUUUUGCAAAUUAAUCAACUAUAAAAAGUUGAGAAGUGAAUAAAUUCAUAAUAUUUCAAAAAAUUGUAACAGUGUUAUUAUAAAAGUGUAUUGUAUUUAUUUUGAAUAAAAAUAAAUAAAGUUAAUAUAAUUUUAAACCAUCGGAAUGGAGAAUCCAAAGCGACAACAGCCUAAAAAGAGCAGUCCAUCACGAAUUCCAGAUGUCCAUGAUCCUGUUUUUCUUGAAAUCUAUAACAAGUCAAUAAAAGAUCCCGAAGAAUUUUGGGGUGAAGCUGCCAAUGCCUUGGAUUGGCAUACAAAAUGGGAAAAAGUUAUGGACAACAGCAACCCACCAUACACAAAAUGGUAUUCUGGGGGCUACAUAAAUGCAUGUUACAAUGCUGUAGAUAGACACCUAGCUGAAGGUCGUGGAAAUCAAGUGGCUCUUAUUCAUGACAGUCCACUAACUAAUACCAUCAGGCAAGUGACCUAUCAGGAAUUGUAUGAUGAGAUAACUUUACUGGCUGGUGGAAUGCAUAAAUUAGGUGUGAACAAAGGUGAUCGAGUUGUCAUUUAUAUGCCAUUGAUUCCAGAAGCUAUUAUAGCUAUGUUGGCCACUGCUCGUCUUGGAGCAGUACACUCAGUUGUCUUUGGAGGUUUUGCUGCAAGUGAACUUCGUACGCGCAUCGAACAUGCUGAGCCCAAGGUCAUUAUAACUUCUAAUUGUGGGGUCGAACCGGGAAAAAUUAUUCACUAUUUAGACAUUCUACAUAACGCUGUGAAUGCUUCUUCCUGGAAGCCCUUGUGCAAUAUUGUCUUUCAAAGAGACAACGUUGCAUAUACUGUUAUCAAUAGUAAGACAGACAUCCUUUGGACUACAGUUCAAAAUUUAGCUGAUCCGAUCGACUGUGUACCAGUUGAGGCAAAUGAUCCUCUUUACAUUUUGUACACGUCUGGCACUACAGCAAGUCCAAAAGGUGUUCAACGUCCUAUCGGUGGACAUUUGGUAGCAUUAACUUAUACAAUGAAAAAGCUCUACGGCCUUCAACCUGGAGAUACAUGCUGGUCUGCAUCUGAUCUUGGAUGGGUUGUCGGGCACUCCUAUAUUUGCUAUGGACCUCUUUUGUGCGGUGUAACGAGUGUAAUGUAUGAAGGAAAACCUGACCGUACUCCAGAUCCAGGUCAAUAUUUUCGAAUUAUCGAACAGCAUAAAGUCAAUGCUUUGAUGUCAGUGCCGACGGCUUUUCGCGUUAUUCGACGAGCUGAUCCUGAAAUUAAAUACGGCCGCAAGUAUAGUUUGAAGUCCUUGCGAACGAUAUUUAUAGCUGGUGAACAUUGUGAUAUUGAAACCAAGACUUGGAUGGAAAAUAUCUUCAAAGUUCCAAUUCUGAACAAUUGGUGGCAAACAGAAACUGGAUCGGCAAUAACGGCAACUUGUGUUGAUUUCGGGCAUAAUCUCAGUCCUCCAAAAUAUACAACUGGUUUGCCAUUCGUCGGAUAUGAUAUUCGUAUACUGGAGUCUGAUGGUACAGAAUGUAAACCGAUGCAGCUUGGAAGGAUUGCAUUGAAGCUACCUUUACCACCGGGCAAUAUGUCAACCUUGUAUAGGAACGACGAGCUCUUCGAAGACAUCUAUUUUAAGAAGUUUCCGAAUUUCUACGACACCAUGGAUGCUGGUUACAUUGACGAAAAUGGAUAUGUUUAUGUAACUGCUCGUGACGAUGAUGUUAUCAAUGUUGCUGGUCAUCGUAUUUCUACCUCCAGCCUAGAAGACGCCGUAUUGCGUCAUCCAGAUAUCGCUGAUGCUGCUGUUUUUGGAGUUCCUGAAAACACCAAAGGUCAAGUGCCUUUAUGUUUGUACAUUACAAAGAAUGGUACAACUAAGCCUCGCGCUAAAAUCUGUGGUGAAAUUAUAUCAAUAAUUCGAGACGUAAUUGGACCUAUUGCUUCGUUUAGACUUGUUGCUCCUGUGAAUGCAUUACCAAGGACUCGUUCUGGAAAAACGAUGCGAAAAGCAAUGGCUGAUUUUGCUAAGAAUAAGUUAGUUGUAUUGCCAGCGACUAUUGAAGAUCCAAGCGUUUUUGUUGAUAUCCGUCGUGCUUUGCAGGAACUUGGCUAUGCUAUGAAUACACCAGAACCUGUUGUAUCAGUUAAAACAUAGGAAAUGUUUGGAUUUUGUUUGUUUUUAUUUAUAAUUGUAAUAAAUAAUUUGUAUUGUCAAUAGGUUUCGAUUAAUGUUGAUUUUUCUGAGAUAUUGUUUUAUUAAAAUAAAUUAGUUAUUACUAUGUUGCAUUUUCGUAGAUAAGUAAGCUUAUGUAUGUAUGUAUAAAUAAAAAGCAAAAACGUAAGUUUUUGAAAAAAAACUG